CCUUUAGGCUCAGACUAUAUUCUCUGGUUUAAGUGGACAAAAUAGAAAUAUAGUCAAAUAACGAAACACAAAAUUUAGGUGUGUGGUUGUAAAAUUGUUUUACGUAGACAUGUUUAUUCCCAAUCUGCGCUACCACAAAGACAUGCCCGGGCAUAAACCCAGAUAUGUGGGUAGCAGAAACUCUUACACUUUCCUUCAGGACGUUGUGUCACUGCACAGGUGGAGCAAAGGGGUUGUUAUACAACACAGCAGCACGUGACCACGCUUCCUCUCACUGCUGGCGUCAGAGUUCAGAGAAAAACUACGAUCACAAAAAGGAGCAGGAAAGAGCCAUGGGUUUUCUUCCUCUCUUCUCUUUAGAAACAUGGAUUCUACUGAUCACAUUUGUCUGUAUAUUUGUUAUGUAUGGCUAUUGGACAUUUGGAGUAUUUGAGAAGUUGGGCAUCCCUGGUCCUAAGCCACUGAUGUACUGGGGCACAAUCACCAGACACAACCAGGUUUACUACUUAGCUGAUCACGAGUGUGCUCAAAAGUAUGGGAGAGUAUGGGGCAUGUAUGAACUCAGGACGCCCAUGCUGGCUGUGAUGGAUCCCGACAUGUUGAAAACCAUCCUGGUGAAGGAGUGUUUAACCUACUUCACCAACAGGAGGAAUUUGCAUCUGAAUGGGGACCUGUAUGAUACGAUGUUUCUUGCUGAGGAUGAUCAGUGGAGACGGAUUCGUAACAUCCUCUCCCCCUCCUUCACCUCUGGUCGUAUAAAAGAGAUGUUUAGCAUCAUGAAACAUCAUUCCCGCAAAAUGACAGACCGGCUAAAGUCACAGGUGGACAAUGAUGAAGUUAUGAAUGUAAAAGAAUUCUUUGGAUUGUACGGUAUAGAUGUGAUGACGAGUUGUAUGUUCGGUGUGGAUAUGGACUUGAUCAACAACCCUUCAAGUCCCCUCAUCACCUAUGCCUUGAAGGUGUUUAAAAUCUCCAUCCCUUUUUUCCUUUUCCAAGGGUCUUUCCCCAUCUUUCUGCCUCUCUUGGAGCUGCUGGGUUUCUCCCUCUUCCCCAAAUCCUCCACUGCUUUCUUUAAAAUGGUUGUGGAGAAGAUCAGAGCAGAACGCAAUGGAAGCUCAGGCCAGAAACCAGGAGAUCUCCUUCAACACAUGAUCAACUCUCAGACAGUCAAUGAAGCCAAAAAUGAAAAGCAGAAAAAUGGUCUUACUGAUCACGAGAUUGUUUCUCAAGUGACAGUAUUUAUGUUUGGUGGUUUUGAGACAAGUGCCUCUACUCUUGCCUUCUUGGCCUACAAUUUGGCAAGAAACCCUGAAGUCAUGGCACGCCUGCAAAAGGAGAUAGAUUCUACUUUCCCAAAUAAGGGUCCAGUCCAAUACGAAGCUCUGAUGCAGAUGGAGUAUCUAGACAGUGUGGUCAAUGAGAGUCUGAGGCUUUAUCCUCCAAAUCCACGCUUCGAGCGAAUAGCCAAAGAAACUGUCACGAUCAACAGAAUCACAAUCCCGAAGGGCAUGAUAGUUAUGAUUCCAGUCUACGCUCUGCAUCAUGACCCUGAGCUGUGGCCAGAGCCAGAGGAGUUCAAACCUGACAGAUUUAGUAAAGAGAACAAGCAGAGUAUAAACUCAUACACUUACCUGCCAUUUGGCUUUGGACCAAGGAACUGUUUGGGGAAGCGAUUUGCUCUGGUGAUGGUCAAACUGGCCUUGGUGGAAGUUUUGCAGAACUACAGCUUUUCAGUCUGCAAGGAGACAGAGAUUCCUUUGCAGAUGAGUCCUGAGGGCUUAGUUGGACCCUUACGACCCAUCAAACUAAAGCUGGUGACACGUUCCAUCGCCUCAGAAAAUGUGAAUGAGUGCAUCUAGGAAGGCUGAACUAUCAUCUGUUUCUUAUUUUAUUAUCUGACAGUGCUGCAGAACUGUAUGUUUUUAAUUUGUAUCAGAAGUUUCUGCUCUGAUCUGAAUCAAAAGAGACAGUUUAUACAUGCAUCAUGUCAAUGAAUUGUAGAUUUAUGCCAAAUAAGCCAAAUCACGCCUAAAAGAAUUUCGCAAACAUAAGAUACAGCUUCUAAUAUCAAAAUAUGAAUUUAUGUAUUUUUUGGGUAAUGAUCAAAAAUGUUCUAUAUGUGAAAAAAAAGAAAAAAGUUAAAAACUAUAGAAAACUGCAAAAUAUUUUUUCUGCUAUAUCUUACAAUAAUACACUGAUUUUGUUGCAUGUUGACAAAAUUGGAAAACUGUGAUGAAAAUAUUGUCCAAUGAUGGUGUCUAUAAUAAUAAACACACAAUAAUAAUGAUUAUGAUUAACACACAAA